ACGCGACAGACAGACUCUUACUCGUUUGCCACUCGCUGUGAGACGGGACGGAAUCAAGCACUGAAAGCCGUCAAACACAAUCGUAUCAGCGCACUGAUACGCUACUGUGUAACAACAACAACAUAUCAGAGUUUCGCAGCGCUGCACCCAACUGCCCGGCGCGCGCAGCGAACAAGGGGCAGCCCCAGCCGAGGCGUCACGCUCACAAGCUGCCACUCGCUUUCCGGGCGGCGACAUCGGCGGGGGGCGAUCUCGCAUGCAUCGGGGAAGUCAGCUGACACGCCGGUCACGUGCGCAACCGCCCUCCCUCCCUGCCUGCUCGACUCGGUCUGCUCGGCGCCAGGAGCCACCUGAGCCAUUCCUCGUAAAGCAUGAAAACAACACUGUCAAGUCCGUUCCUGCUCACCGACGCGAUGGCAACGUUCCAGCUGCUGUGCUGCUGCCUACUGACGGUGACACCAGGCAACACUUUGGAGUUGAUUUCGUCGCCGCAGGACAUCACCAUCGCUAUCGGGAGCGAAUCAGGAUUCUACGUUCAUCUUGAUCGAGCCUCGAACGAGAGCGUUGAAGUGCACGCAGCUGUAAAAGAGGGAUGCAGCGCUGUCACCCUGCCGGGGCCACCGUGGAUACCCCUGGUGGGAACCGAACCCGCAUGGAUCAACGUCACGGCCGUCGGAGCCGGGCACGCUACCGUCACGCUGAACACCUCGCUGCCUAACGUCAGCACGGCCGACUCCUUCGUCCACGUCGAGGUCUUCAAGCUAGCCUGGCUGGAGAUUUUGAGUGACGUGGUUGGCUGGAUCUACUUUUUGGCCUGGUCCGUAUCCUUCUACCCUCAGAUCUACCUCAACUGGAAGCGAAAGUGCGUUGAAGGACUAAGCUUCGACUUCGUCGGUCUCAACCUGACCGGAUUCCUGGCCUACUCGUUCUUCAACCUGGGCAUGUACUUCAGCCGCGUCGUUCAGGAGGAGUACCGAGAGCUGCACCCGACUGGCGUCAUCCCGGUGGAGCUGAACGACAUCGUCUUCGGCCUGCACGCUGCGCUGGCCACCUUCAUCACGGUCGUGCAGUGCUGCAUUUACGAGCGCCGGGGUCAAAGUGUCUCGCUGCCAGCACGGCUGCUUCUGGCAGUGGUGUGGGCGGGAACCGCUAUCUUCGGAGUGGUCACUCUUGCCGCGGGCAAUCACUGGAGGACUCCGUGGCUGUUGUACCUCUACUACUUCUCCUACUGCAAGCUCGUCAUCACCCUCACCAAGUACCUGCCACAGGCUUACCUCAACUACGUGAGGAAGUCCACGAUAGGAUGGAGCAUCGGCAACAUACUGCUCGACUUCACUGGGGGAAGCUUGAGCCUGCUCCAAAUGGUGAUAAUCGCCUACAACUACGACGACUGGACGUCGCUGUUCGGCAACGUGGUCAAAGUGGGACUCAGCCUGAUCAGCAUGGCCUUCGACGUGCUCUUCAUCCUCCAGCACUACGUCCUCUACAGGAACGCAAGCGUCCAGCUUCCCGACCAGGAAAACAGCUAACGACGCUGCAGCGUACAUCCACGAGGUUCCCUCCUCAUAUCAGGCCAUCACGCGUGGAUGCCUAUAUCUCUCGGCCGCCACUUGCGCCUAUCGCGGUGACCUUGAAGCGCGCGCUCAGAGUUUUGACCACGUGAUUGGCUUCUUGCUAAGCCUCGCGGACUGUAGAUAUAUUGGUAAACGCGGUAAGCGAUUGGUGACCGCUAUUCUGGUCCAGGUGAAGCCACUCCGUUUUACAUGUAUGCUAUAUAGACAGCACCAACCUAUAUACAUACCUUCAUGCGUAGCUCUUAUCACUUUUGUUCACUGCUUCGAUUGCAUGUUCGUGUCAAUGGAAACUUGAUUGGGACGGUUCAG